UAGCAGGAAGGAGCAGGAGUGGAGAGAUGGCUGGUCUGAUUGCAUCUGGAGUCAUCAAAUGGACGGCAAGCAAGCUUGCUUCCUUGGUUUCUCCACCGAUCGAGCCAUCAUCUUCAUCUGACGAGCAGCAAACUUCUGCAAACAGAGAUGUGCGGAUGCUGCAGAGGAGGAUGGCAUCGGUCCAGCGCUCACUGGAGGCAAUAGAUGAGGACAGCGUCAGAGAUGAGUCUGGAAGGCUUCGACUGAGGGAGCCCCAGCAGUUCGCCUAUGAUGCGCAGGAUGCUAUCGAUGAGUACAAGUUUGAGCUGCUGCGUCGUCGGAUGGAUGAUCCAGACAGUCUUCCUGAAGACAGAAGCGCGCGUAAACGCAAGCGCAAGGGCGACAAGAAGGAACCAGAAACAGACCCUGUGAUGGUUCCAGUUCCGGAUGAAUUGGCCCUCAGGGUAAAAAGAAUUCUAGAAAGAUUUAAGGAGAUCACAAAGGCAUGGAAUGAUCUCCAUCUGGAUGAGGCAGAUGCACCAUUUAGGGAGGAGGAGGAAGACUUUCUACCAAGGCCAACUACCCCACAUCUUGACGAACCCAUUGUUAUUGGCAGAGACGAUGAUAAGGAAAACAUAGUCAAGUUGUUGCUCUCAAUGAAUGGAGCUUGUGGAGAAAAUAAUGCAUCAGUUCUUCCUAUAAUUGGGAUGGGAGGAGUAGGGAAGACAACACUCGCUCAAAUAGUUUACAAUGAUCCAAGGAUCACAAAGCAAUUUGGGCUGAUGGGAUGGGUCUAUGUAUCAGAGAACUUUGAUCUUAAAACCAUCAUGAGCAAAAUUAUCAUGUCAUUUACAAGAAAACCUUGUCACAUAACAGAAUUGGACCAGUUAGAGUAUAUGCUGAUGGAACAAGUUGUUGGCAGAAAGUUCUUACUAGUUCUUGAUGAUGUAUGGAGUGAAAGGAAGGACCUUUGGGAUGCCUUGCUAUCAGCGAUGUCAACUGCACAAUUAGGGGCAAUACUUGUAACUACCCGCAACAUAAAUGUGUCAUCAGUUAUCCAGACAGUGCCUCCCUACCAUGUGGGCUGCUUACCUUUUGAUGAAUCUUGGCAGCUAUUUAAGCAGUUGGCCUUUUGUCACCAGGACCAAAAUAUAGAAAAAGUCUUUGAAGAAAUUGGUAGAAAAAUUGUUCAGAAAUGCGGAGGCCUGCCUUUGGCAGUUAAAGCAAUUGGAAGCGCACUUCGCUUUGAAGAAGAUGAGGAGACGUGGGCUGAUAUAUUGGAUAGUGAACAGUGGGACUUACCAACAAGGGAGGAUACUGUGUUGCCAGCCUUAAAGUUGAGCUAUGUCCGUAUGCCGAUUCAUCUGAAACGAUGCUUUGUUUUCUUCACGCUCUUCCCCAAGGGGCAUAUUUUCAUGAAGGAAAAUGUCAUAUAUCUCUGGAUAUCUUUGGGCAUCCUUAAGCAGACUAGCCAUCAAAACCCUGAGAACAUUGGCAAUCGAUACUUUAAUGACUUGUUGCACAGAACUAUGGUUCAGAGAGUACUACUUGAUGAAGGACACAAUUGCUUCACCAUACAUGACCUUUUCCUUGAUGUGGCCAAAUUUGUCUCAGGCGAAGAUAUUUUGAAAUUGGAUACUCAAUACAUGCCAUACUUAAAUGACGCAUCACAAAAUCUUAGGUAUUUAUCCUUGGCUGUGAGUUCUUCAGAUCAUAUGAUAUUAGACCUGCAUACCUUGCCAGUUACUGGAGGUCUUAGGGUACUUCAAGUUAUAAAUGCUUUGGACGAUAACAAGAGGUAUUAUUCUUCUUUUUUACAAAAUAACAGAAGAUGCAUCUCCAAGUUGUUCUGUCAUCAUAUCAACGUUACACUUCCAGAGGAUCUAAGGGGUCUCCGACAUCUGAGAGCCUUAGAUUUAAGUCGUAGUGCACUGACGUCAUUGCCAGAGUCAAUAGGAGAACUGAAGCUACUUAGGUACCUCUGUAUUUUCGAAACACGAAUUGCCAAGCUACCUGAAUCAAUCUGCAGCCUAUAUAACUUAAAGGUUUUGGAUGCAAGAACUAACAUGCUUAGAGAGCUCCCACAAGACAUUCAGAAGUUGGUCAGCCUUCAGCAUCUCAGUUUAGAUCUCUGGUCUCCUCUAUGCAUGCCAAGAGGAAUUGGGAAGUUAAAAAGGUUAAAAACAUUGACAAGGUAUAGUGUUGGAACAGGCAAUUGGCACUGCAACAUUGCUGAACUACAUCACUUGGUGAAUAUUCAUGGAGAACUUUGCAUUACAGGGCUAAGUCAAGUCACCAACAUUGAUGAUGCUCAGACAGCAAACCUGGUCGGUUAGAAGCAUUUGCAAAUUCUGAGAUUGGACUGGUCUGCUGGAUUCUACGCUACUGAAUGUGAGCAUAUUGUUAAUCAGAAUAGUGCAACACCAGCACCAGAAUUGGAUGAGGACGUAUUUGAGAGCUUCAAGCCACAGAGGAACCUUGAGGAGCUAGAGGUAGUCAACUAUAGUGGCUACAAAUAUCCAAGCUGGUUGGAUGAUCCUGCCUUCUCACGUUUAGCCAAGGUGACAUUAUGGAAGCAAAAAUGUAAGUUUAUUCCAGCUCUUGGUCAACUGCCUCAACUCCGUGAACUUGUAAUCAUCCAUAUGGAAUGCCUAGAGCGAAUCGGGCGAGAGUUUUAUGGCCAGGAUUCCGUGGAGCCAUUCCCAGCUCUGGAGAAACUAGAGUUUCAGAACAUGCCAAACUGGGUGGAGUGGUAUGAAGUUUCUGAAAAUGAUUUCCCUUCUCUUUGUGAGCUGAAAAUCAAGGAUAGUAAUGAAUUGGGAAUCCUUCCACAAAAACUGCCACUCAAUCUGAAGAAGUUGGUCAUCAUAAAUUGUGAGAAGGUGGUUAGACUUCCGACAGCUCCUUGCCUCACUCACUUAGUCUUGAAGGGCAACAUUGGUGAAGAAACUUUAAGUUGUCUGCAUUUUCCACUCCUCAGGACACUAAAAGUUUGUUUCUUGAGAAAAGCAGAGGAGAUCAAACUUGCAAACUUGCCAAUGCUUGAGGGACUAUCUGUCACCGGAUGCAAACGGCUGUUCUCUAUAGAAGGAUUGUGUAGCGUUGAAUGCCUCUGUCUCCUGAAGAUAAAAGAUUGCCCAAACCUGCAACUCCCUUUUGAACCACUCCCACAGAAGGUUCAGCAAUCUACUAUCACAAACUGUCCUCAAUUGCAGGACUGGGCUGAGUGGCAGCAAGCUCAAAUGUCAGAACCCCGAUAUCAGUUAGAAGAACAUGACGGUGCAAGCUAUGAUCAAGAGGUAGCCGAAGCACUAAGCGAUGACAGCGAGGACUAUUUUGAAGUUCUCAGCGAGGAUGAAGAUGAUGAUUUCUACGACAGAAUGUUAUAAGCCGGGCAAUCAAGUGGAAUGGACAUCGAUUACAGCGACGGCAGUGAUGAUGCUUGCUAAACAUAUAAGAGAAGUGUAAACCCUCAGCAAAGAAGAGCCGGAGUACAACACCUUUCAAAUGUCACAAUUUUGUAUAUCCUGACUGGUCUAUGACUGUUGUUCUAGGAUAAGAGUGAUAAGGAUCAUUUAAUAGUUCUAAUAAGAGCCAAAUGCAUCAGAGGUCCAUCAAUCUGUAAGAGGGUGUCACUUAGGUCUAUCAAUUUCGAAAUUGUAUUUUUGGGUUCAUAAACUUGUAAUUUGUGUUAUUUAGUUCCACAAACUCUGAAAGUCAAUUUCUAGAUCCAUAAACUCGUAAUUUGUGUCACCAUACCCCUCCGCCUAGCCUUCAUGCAUUAAUAUCAAACCAACAUGAAUCUA